UUCUCUGCGAAAUCAGCAUUUUGCUCUUUUUUUCCUUGCCAAAUCCAGAAAAAGUCUCAUCUUGAUCCGAUUCUUUUCUUGAGAGUGACGAUGCGGAGCGAGAGGAGAAUCGACGAACCAUCAGAAAAUAGAACGAGAAUGAAUCUCUCGCAAGAAGUCGACGACUACAUCAAAGACACAAUUGAUCACUCGUUAGGUCUUCCGAUCUCCAUGGAAGCUCUCCAGAAAAAGCUCUACACGGCAGAAGAAUCCCAGCGCCGUCUCCGAGAUCAGUAUCUGGCUCUGGUUUCUAGAUUAAAGGAGAAAGAUGAUGUAAUCGACCGAGUUAGGUCCGAAGCGAGUAUGAAUGCGCAGGCGUUGAAGAAAUUCGUCGACGAGAACCAGAAAUUGGCUGCAGAGUGUGGGAAUUUGCUGGGCCAGUGUAAGAAAUUGGAAAGAGAGUGCUUGCUUUAUCAUCAAGACCGUGAUGCGUUGAUGGAAUUCGGGAAUGAAUCGGAUGAGAGGGCUAGAGAAGCAGAAGCUAGGGUUCUUGAAUUGGAAGAUGAGUUAGGAACAAUGUCUGAGGAAUUGCAGAUUUUUAAGCGACAAAUCGGGACUGAAGAAGUUGAAAAGUGCACACCAUUAGAAGAAGAUUUGCUUGAUUCAGUUUUGGGAUCACUCAUAAGCAAAGAUGAAACUAUAGUGGGGCGUCUCUUCUUAGAGGCUAACAUCCAAGACCACUCAUGCCAAACCUUGUUGAGCAGGUGGGAUCAACUAAAGCCUUCAACGCAAAAGGUUAUUUCUUUAGUUUCAAGGGCAAGGAAAUUUGAAAAAGAAAAGGAAUGCAUCAUCCUGAAUCUCACUAAAGCCGAGCAAGAGGUUGAGCUUGUGAGCACGCAAAACCGGAAGCUGGAUAAAGAAAAUCGUAAGUUGUUAAGGCAACAAAGCCCUCUUGGCUCUGCAGAGUCAAGCCGCAAAAGCGAAUUUGCAAAGUCAAAUAAGAGAAAGAGUCCGAAGAUGAUGGGCAGCCCAAUCGAGAAGAGGCUUGAGUUUUGCACAAGUCCAGAAAUUAGCAGGAAGCCUCUGUCACCUGUGUGGAAUAACUCACCAGAAAUUAGCAGGAAAUGAUGACAAAUGAAUCAAAUAUGUCUUUGUAUUAUCAUGUGUGUGUUUUGUAGGAAGGAGAAGCCAGAUUCAGAUUACAUUGUCGCUUACUUACCAGCAUGUAUUGCUAUAAAACAUUUGACUAGAAGAUCAAGU